CAUGCGCAGUCCACAACAGCGAUGUCGCGGACACAAGUCGCCUUCUUCGGCGUUCUCCUGGCUGCCUACAGCACAGGUAUCUCAGUCUUCGACUUCAACGACCGCCCGCGCGUCUCAACGGAGAACUGUGAACCGGACGCCAAAUCUCAAGACAUCGGUGACCGGGCAACCUGCACCUUCACCAGGCACGUGGACGUGGACUCGACGAGGAUCCCUCCGGAGAUAGCAAGCGUCAAGUGCAACUGCCGCGACAGCCUGUGCAGCAAACUCGGAGACUUCCGGUGCCAGGAAGUGACGGAGACCAUCAAAGUCGCCUUCGUUAACGAAACGUCAUCGGUGGUGAGGCGACAAAGCAAGGAGGUGACCGUGGCCUGCGUCUGUGCCAUCAACCGAAGUGCAGGAGCACUUCUAGGCUUGAAAAGAACUGGACAAGUUGGGCACUCCUUCCGUUGAAGCUGGAAUGGUAUGAAAUGUAACAGAUCUCAUUGAAUCAUUGCAUUAAAUAAUAAAUUUAGGAUGUGCGAAUAGUGGUUC